CAUAUUUUUUCUCGUUGCUAUUUCAAAUUAAUUUUUUUUAUUUCUAUAUUGAGUUGUUUGAUAAUUGAGUUUCAUGAUUUUAUUCAAUUUAUUUUCAAACGUGGUCACUCUGGUAUUAGGACUUGGUCAAAGAAUUUGCAUCUUGACCUGUUUGAGUUCGGAUCAAUUUUUUCCAUCCUUUUAUUAAUUAUAUUUUUUUUUAAUUUUUGUCCUUUAAUGUUUUAUUUGUUGGAGAUUGAACUUCAUCUUUUUUUUUCAUUUUUCUUUCUAUGAAUUUAUAAUGUUCUUAUUUGAUUUAUUAAAAAAUGAUCUUUAAGCUUUUUUCUUAUGUUUCUUUUUAUGAGAUUGUCUCAAUCUUAUAUCAAUGAUUGUGAGAUUUACAAGUUAAACCAGUUUUUUUUUUUAGCCCUUCAAUAUUAAAGUUGUUUGAUAAUUCAUGUAUACUCAAGUCGGGUUAUUUUUACUUUUUUGUGUUAUUUUUUUGUCUAUUUAUUCAUUGUUGUUAUAUUUUUUAAUUAUAUUAUUUAAAUUAUUAAUUGAACUGGGGUCUAAAUUUUUUUUUUUUCUCAUCAUUCUUUUUUUGCAUCAAAAAAGAAAUUGACCGGCUCCUGGCAGAGGACGCCACAAAUCUAGUAUUGACUAAGGAAAAAGGCUAAUUAACUGAUACCUUUAAUUAUGGAGAAAAUCUCUCUCUCACCCUCAAAAAUUUCCAAGAAACCAAGUGCCAUUUUUUCCCUAUUCUGGAAGAGGGCUCGUGGAAAGAAUUCUUCAUCAAUUUCUUUCUUUCUUUAGUUGAGGUUGCAUUGCUACCAUGGAUUCCAUGAGAGGUCAUGAAGGGAUUCAAAUGCUACUAACUGCAGAACAGGAGGCUCAACAAAUUGUUACUGCUGCUAGAAACUUGAAGACAACAAGGUUAAGGCAAGCAAAAGAAGAAGCCGAGAAAGAUGCAGGCCAUUAUCGCUCGAACCUGGAAUCUGAGUACCAAAAGAGAACAAGUGGGAACUCUGGCUUCACCGCGGAACGGCUUGAAGAGGAAACUGACGUAAAGAUUCAAAACCUGAAGAAGUCAGCCUUUAAGGUCCAGUCAGAUACUGUUGACAUGCUCAUCAAGUACACCACAGCCGCAAAGUAUUGAUGCUUGAAGGUUACUGUGGAGCUUUAAUUGUGAUUUGUGAGGGCUAUGUCCUUUCUGUUCAAGUUUUUCUUUCUCUUUAGCAAAUCUAGCAUCCAUAUCCAUGAAGUUGAAAUCGUUUUUGUUCACUUCGAGUUUGAAUAGUUAAGAUUGUGGCAAUAACUGGGUGUCUUUUAAUCACACCAGCGGUGUUAAACGAGAUUUACCAUGAAAAAAUCUA